GCGCGGGCGUAGUGCUUGUUACGACACGUUCUUGACAUCCGAGUGAAAAAGGACUCCAGUUCCUGGUAUGGACACACAGUGGUGGACGGAUGAGGCGAAGAAGGUAAACCUUACCGACUGUGAGCCUGAUCAACUGCCCUGAUCCACCAGCAGAAGAAGACACAAGAGUGGGAAUAUUCACAUCAGGAAUGUCAGCUAUGAACAAAUCUGCUGAAGAUGGGAACUCCUUCUCGUCAAAGGUCAUUGGCGUUGUGUUCAUCACCCUGCUGCUGGACCUGCUGGGCUUCACCCUGAUUCUGCCGCUGCUGCCUUCUAUUCUGGAUCAUUAUGCUGAAGCAGGGGAUGUCACAUAUCAGUCCCUGCAGAGUGUGGUCGACUGGUUUAGGGAGGCUGUUGGUAUUCCUAUGGAAAAGAAAUACAACACUGUUCUGUUUGGAGGUCUGAUUGGGUCGCUGUUUUCUCUGCUGCAGUUCUUGUCCUCACCUUUAACGGGAGCUUUGUCUGAUCAUCAUGGCAGACGACCUCUCCUCAUCUUUACCACAUUAGGGCUGAUUUCCUCCUACGCGGUCUGGGCUGCUUCCCGGAGCUUCAGCAUGUUCCUUUUGUUUCGGGUAAUUGGGGGAAUUUGUAAGGGGAACGUCAGCCUCUGCACAGCCAUCAUCGCAGACCUGCCAUGCCCAAAAGCCCGGAACAAAGGAAUGGCAAUGAUUGGUGUUGCCUUUUCCUUGGGCUUCACCGUUGGACCUCUUAUGGGUGCUUACUUUGCUGUCAGCUCCAAAACAACAGAAAACGUCUUCUAUGAAACUCCAGCUCUACUUGCCUUGGCCUUCAGUGUUGCUGAUCUUGUCUUUAUUUGGCUGAUGUUGCCAGAAACUCUACCAAAGGGCACUAAGGCUUCACUAUCUGGCUGUGGGGAGUCCUGGGAUCUUCUCAGUCCACUCUCCUUGUUCCAUUUCACCGCCGUCACCAAGACGAAGGAACCACCUUCAAAAGAAAGAAUGCAGAAGCUCCAAGUGUUGGGACUGGUUUAUUUCUGCUACCUCUUCCUGUUCUCUGGUCUAGAGUUCACACUGAGUUUUCUGACUCACCAGCGCUUCCAGUUUACAAGCAUGCAGCAGGGAAAGAUGUUCUUCUUCAUUGGUGUCAUCAUGGCUUUAAUCCAGGGUGGUUACGCUCGAAGAAUCAAACCUGGCCAACACAUACGAGCUGUUCGCACGGCAAUAAUGAUGCUGAUUCCAGCUUUUAUUCUCAUUGGGUUAUCAUGGAACAUAACUAUGCUUUAUAGUGGCUUGGCGUUAUACUCCUACGCUGCAGCAAUUGUAGUUCCCUGCCUGUCGACCCUUGUUGCUGAUCACGGUUCAGCUAAUCAGAAGGGUACAGUGAUGGGGAUCCUGCGGAGUUUGGGUGCACUAGCAAGAGCAUUUGGACCAGUGAUGUCAUCCUCUGUUUACUGGAUUGCAGGAGCACAGACCUGUUUCCUCAUCACAUCAGCCUCCUUUGUGGUUCCUCUUCUUCUCUUGAGCAAAGCCCGGAGGUUAAAGGAGGAAUGAGCUGCAGAAGGACUGAGAAUAAUAUUUUUAAAAGAUCCUAGUUCUGCUGCCUUGUACAGAUACUAUGUUGUUUACUUAUAUCCAGGGGAACAAGCACUAUGUUUUUACAUUUUUAGAAAGCCGUUAUGUCAUAUUUACCCUCGGUGCCUUUGUCUGAAGAUAUUCAUGUGAAACAAAACAAUGCAAAAAGACCAAAUGUAUGCCCCAAUAUUGAAGAAGGUACAGAGUAUUUUUUAGUAUUAAGUAGGAAACAAUGCUGUAUGUUUGCACAUGAAGAAAUCUCCUUUUUAUAAAACACAUUAUAGUGAUUACAAGUCGUAUUUAUGCUUGCUGAGUUUCAGCCUCUUUUUAUAAUGGAGCAUUUUACCAGUCAUACAGAUGUAUUGUUUUAUUAGCCAACAUUAUACGUUUCCUGUCUUUGAAGGAGUUUUUUUUUUUUUUUUUAUUAAAUUUGGGGGUAAAAAUCUACUGUAAUGCUUUUGUCAAAAUGAUUUCUAUGCUUAUCACCAGAGUUUAUAAAAAAAAAAAAAACGUAAGUAAAAUUGUACUUUUCAAACCAUUUCCUAUUGCUAAACCGUUUCUUUACAUCAUAGUUUUCUGAUUAAUACUCUUUCACAUUAAGUUUUAUACAAAUACCAUUUUCAGUAUAAAAGGGAAGUUUAAUGUGUUAAACUGAAUUCAUUAAAUGCCAGAAGAAAAAGAAAAAAAGAUGUAAUUGUCCAGAAAGCUGUUCCAAACGAAAUUUAUUAUGGUUUUACACUUGUGUAAACAAAAUGACAAAUAAAUCUGUCCAAGUCUAACAAAAGAUUUACAGGACUUAGCAUCAAAUCUACCAUCAGGGUAUCCCUAAAGAGAUGUUAUUUAAUGGGAAACUCUUUUCCUAAAGCAACCUGGCAGUCUGAUUUUUUCUUUUAAGGUAAGGUUCAGCUGACAUUGGUACAAACGUGUAGAGAUGUUUUAAAAAAAACAAAAAUUACAAAAAGAACGAGAUGUUAAGCUGAAGGAGAGAUAAACACAUUGACAAGAGGAAAAAUACUGGGUUAUUAUUAUAUUGUUUAAACUUUUAUUUCACCAAAAAUUCACUAUUGAUGUUAACAAUCUCUUGUACAAUUGAGACUUUUCUAAUAUCUACCUAGAAAAUACUUAUUUGAAUAGAAGGACCUACAGUAUUUGGGAAAUAGAAAAGUUUAGGUUAAAGAGAAGUAAAAUUAGCAUCAGGUUUUAAGAACGACAAAUUAAACUGAAAUAACCAUCAUAGUAAAACAAAACUCUUCCA